AUGGUUCAGUUGUCUCAAAGAAGCUCGUUCCCAACUGAAGCUGAUAACGCGGCUGAAUUUAUCGUGAAUGUGGGUGAAAUGUUUGAAAUGGUGAAGCGUGAAAGUGAUGAAAUUUGGAACUUAAUGGAAGGAGCAAUGGAUGCUGACACGGUAACACACAACGAAUAUUCAGUCAAGAAAGGAGAACGGUAUGAGGCGAAGAAACCAAUAGAUUCAGACGUUUUAAGAGCAGAUGGAUCUUUUGUCAAAGAAACUGAGAAACAGGCCGAAUUCAAGCCUAAAACUGGUGAACGAUAUGACAUCGUUAAACGGGGUGUCGAUGAUGUUUGGAAGAAAGAAGGUACAAUGGUCAAAGAGACUGUAUCGCAUGAAGAAUAUUCAGUAAUGAGAGGAGAGCGUUUUGAAGUGAUAAAACCGAAAGAUUCAGAUAUUCUAAAAGGCGAUGGGUCAUUUAUAGCAGAAACGCAUACAAAUGCAGAAUUCCAGCCUAAACGAGGUGAACAUUAUGAAAUGAAGAAGCAAGGAAGUGCCGAUAUAUGGAAGCAAAUUGGAGCUAUGACUACAGAUUCCGUUUCUCACGACGACUUUUCAAACAUCAAAGGUGAUCGAUUUGAAACGAUUAGGCCGAAGGAUUCAAAUAUUCUCGAAGGAGAUGGAUCAUUCAACGCUGAAACUGAAAAGACCGUCGAAUUUGCUCCGAAAAAGGGUGAACGAUACGAGGUUGUUAGACCAGCAACGUCGGAUAUCUGGAAGAAAGAGGGACACGUGGCUGCAGACACUGUGACACAUCAAGAUUACUCUGGUAGCGAAGGUGAAAGAUAUGAAAUGAAGAAACCACAAGACUCAAAUAUUCUCAGAGGAGAUGGUAGUUUUACGGAUACAACUGAUAAGAACGCGGAGUACACGGUAAAGAAAGGUGAAAGAUAUGAAGCCAAGAAACUAGACAGCUCAGAUAUCUGGAAGGUGGACGGCUCAAUGUCAGCAGAUACAGUUACUCGUUCGGAGUAUUCUCAUCGAGAGGGAGAUCGAUAUGAGGUCAAAAAGCCUGAAGAUUCAAAUAUUUUAAGAGGCGAUGGAACGUUCUCUUAUGAAACGGAAAAAGACGUCGAAUAUGGAGCCAAGAAGGGAGAACGAUACGAAAUUUAUCGUCAAAAGGUUCAAGAUAGCACGCUUCAUUUCCCUCCUGUGGACUCCCACACAUUUCAGAAAGAUGGUCCCAUGGCAGCAGAUACAGUCACCCAUCAGGAAUAUUCGAAAGUUCAAGGAGAACGAUACGAUGUAAGGAAACCAAAAGAUUCAGAUAUACUGAACGGCGAUGGUAGUUUCACUACCGAAACAGAUAAGAGUAUUGAAUUCACAGCCAAAAAGGGGGAGCGUUAUGAAGCUGUGAAACAGACCAGUUCGGACGUGUGGAAGUAUGACGGAACGAUGUCAUAUGAUACUGUUUCACAUCAACAAUUUUCCAACAAAAAAGGUGAGCGGUACGCCCCAAAAAUACCUGUGGAUUCUGAUAUCCUUAAAGCCAAUGGAAAAUUCAUUGCGGAAACGGACAAAAAUACUGCGUUCACAGCCACGAAAGGAGAAAGAUAUGAAAUCGUGAGGCAGGGGAGUGCUGAUAUUUGGAAGAAGGAGGGUCCGAUGAUAGCUGAUACAGUGAAUCGUACAGAUUAUUCAGCGGUAAAAGGUGAACGCUAUGAGAUGAACAAACCGCAAGAUUCAAAUCUUCUGAAGGAAGAUGGAGCUUUUGUUUCAGAAACUGAAAAAAGCGCUGAAUAUACAUCUAAGAUAGGUGAACGCUACGUUAGUGUACGACAAGAGGAUGCCAACAUUUGGAAGACUGAAGGACCAGUUGAUUAUCGCACCGUUUCAUGUCAAGAAUAUACCGAGAAGGUGGGCGAACGGUUCGAAACUAAAAAACCAAAAGACUCCGAUAUUCUGACUAACGAUGGAAAAUUCGUGGCAGAGACAGAUAACAAUGCCGAAUUCACAGUCAAGAAAGGAGACCGAUAUGAACUGGUUAAACAGGAUAGCUCUGACAUUUGGAAGCAAGACGGAACAGUACAAAACGAUACGGUUUCACAUCAAGACUAUUCCCAUGUAACAGCAGAACGAUGCAAAGUUGUUAGACCGAAAGAUUCUGAAAUUCUGAAAGGAGAUGGCGUAUUUCAUGACGGUAGACUUGAAAAUCUUGAAACAGCAUUGUUGAAAGGGGAGCGAUUUGAGGCUGUUAGACGUGGAAGUGAUGAGAUUUGGAAAUUAAAUGCUGAUGGAGCAAUGGAUUCUGAUAGUGUAUCACACCAAGAAUAUCAUUUCGUCAAGGGUGAACGCUUUGAAAUGAAAAAACCGAAUGAUUCAAAUGUUUUGAAAGGGGAUGGAACAUUCUCAACUGAGACUCAGAACACUGCCGAAUUCACACCAAAGAGAGGGGAACGCUAUGAAAUAGUACGACAGGACAGUUCACACAUUUGGAAGAGUGAUGCAAACUUCUCAACGUAUUCACGAUCCCGAAGUGAUUUCACGGGCGAACAAGGAAAACGUUCCGUUUUGGUGAAACGUUCUGGUACACCGCUUUUCGGCAGACCUGAUGAGAAGGACGAUUACAAGACCGUUUACAGUGAAACUUUUUAUGAGGGUGUGAGACCUGAGGAUGUACGUAAGGCUGUACGUCAUGAGCAGGAAAUACGAAUUGAACAAGGACCGCUAGAUGAUCGCACUGAAUAUAAAACAUCUUACUCAAAUAUAUCGCCCGAGCCACAUGUUCCAAAGAGGGGACCAUCUGCAACACUUCAGCCAGAAGGUGAACGAGAAUUACUAUCUGGCUAUAAUGCGGAUUUUAUGCCGAAACUGCAGACAUGUUUGGCUGGUGAAUUGCUUGAGUCAGUGAGGAGAAACCAUGCCACAACGGAACAUUUCGAGUUUCAUCGAGUUCAUAGUGGACACCACUUUUAUGAACCUAAACCAGAUACAGAUUUGGAACAAUAA